CUGUACGGCGGCGGCGCCGGCAGCCGGCUGCUCAGCUCGUUCUCGCGCCUCUUCACCUGCUGCCUGCACGUGUUCGGCUUUACCCUCGGCGUGCAUGACAUCAUGGUGACGUCAGAGGCCGACCAGGAACGACGCCGCAUCAUCCAGCAGACGGCUGAGGUGGGGCCCGAGGCGACAGCCGACGCACUCGGCCUGGUCUCCAAGGAAGAGCGGGCGGACGAGCGGGCCGUGCAGCGUCGUCUCGAGCAGGCGCACCUCUCCGGCAACGUGCGCGCCCAGCGUGACCUUGACCGUGCCUACAAGAAGCGCCUGGACACUGUCAAUAACGCCAUCAACAGGGUGUGCCUGCCGCUGGGACUGGUGCAGUCGUUCCCGGACAAUAACCUGCAGCUGAUGGUGGAGUCCGGAGCGAAGGGCUCUAAGGUCAACACCAUGCAGAUCAGCUGUCUGCUGGGUCAGAUCGAGCUGGAGGGCAAGCGGCCGCCGCGGAUGCUGUCCGGCAAGACGCUGCCCAGCUUCGCGCCGUACGACCUGACGCCGCGCGCCGGCGGCUUCAUCGCCAGCAGGUUCAUGACCGGCAUCCGGCCGCAGGAGUACUUCUUCCACUGCAUGGCCGGCAGGGAGGGUCUGAUCGACACGGCCGUCAAGACCAGCCGCUCCGGCUACCUGCAGCGAUGCCUCAUCAAACACCUGGAGGGCCUGGUGGUCAACUACGACUCGACGGUGCGCGACAGCGACGGUAGCGUCAUCCAGUUUCGGUACGGCGAGGACGGCUGCGAGACGCAGAAGGUGCCGUACUUGGCGGCCAAGCAGCUGCCCUUCUUCGAUGACAACCAUCGAGGCCUGCUGGAUCCACAGCUGGUGAACGACUUCAAACGGGUCUCGAGCAUCGACGCCAUCCGCAAGCACAAGAAAAAGAUCCGGAAGUGGACCCGGGAGUUCGGCGAUCCGCGGGAACACCGCCGCUCCAGUCCGUUCCUCGAGUUCAGCCGCAUGACGACCGUGGACGGCCAGGGGGAGCUCGACCCCAAGACAGGCCGGCCGCGCAGCUACCACAACUGCCUCAAGCUGUGGAACCAGCUGGACAACGACAAACUGUUCCGCACGGCCGCCCGCCGCUGUCCGGACCCGGUGGACUCGGCGUACGCGCCGGACGCGCACUUCUCGUCGGUGUGUGAGCGUCUCGACCGGCUGCUGACCGAGUACCUGGAGUCGCGGCCGGGCGACUCGGACCAGCUGCGUGACCUGCUCUACUUCAAAGUCGCCCGCGCCAUGAUCCAGCCCGGCGAGGCGGUCGGUCUGAUCGCCGGCCAGUCGGUCGGAGAGCCGUCCACACAGAUGACCCUCAACACGUUCCACUUCGCCGGCCUGGGUGACAUGAACGUCACGCUCGGCAUCCCGCGGCUACGUGAGAUCCUGGCCGCCUCCCACUCGAUGAAGACGCCGAGCAUGGAGAUACCGUUCCGGCAGGACGUGGCCGGGCUGGAACAGCGCGCGCGCCGCCUCAAGCUGCAGAUGACGCGCGUCACGCUGGCCCAGGUCCUGCGUGACGUCACCGUCACCGAGACGUGUCGAGCCGGGCACACGAGGACGUACGACCUGCGGAUGGAGUUCCUGCCGCGCUCCUCCUACAAGGGCGAGUUGGCCGUCACACCGAGCUCGGUGCUGCGGUAUGUGGAGGACGUCUGGGUGCUGCGCUUCCUCAAGCUGCUCGCCAAAACCUUCAAGCUCAAGGACAUUGGCGGCGUGCUGGAGGGCAAGGAGGCCCAGGCGUCGCCGGAGGCGGACGAGGAGGAUGUGGAGGCAACCGAGGACGACCCGAGCCCGGCUCCGCAGGCCGAGCGGCCGGCCGAGGACGAGGACGACCAAAACUCGGACGGAGAGGCGGAGGCCGACGACGACGCCACAGCGGCCCGCUCCAAAGCGCGCCGCAACGACGAGGCCGACUACGAGGAGGACGACGAGGAGGAGGAGCAGCAGGAGGACCGGCCCGACUCGGACGACACGGACGGGGACGUCGAGGAGGCGGGGCCCGCCAAGACGUCCGGUGGGCGGGAGGCGGCGACGCGCCGGGCGGCCGUGCUCACCAUGUGCUGGGAGAGCUGCGGCGUCAAGAAGUACGAAUUCGACCAGAAGCGCGAGCGCUGGUGCCAGCUCACCGUGGCGGUGUCCACCAGCCGCCAGUGCGACAUCCAGACGCUGGUGAGGCAGGCGGCCGACUCGGCUGUCAUCCGUGAGGUGCCCAAGAUCUCGCGCGUCUUCCUCCUCGACGACAAGGACGGCCUGCGCCUCCACACGGAGGGCAUCAACAUGCCCUACAUGGCUCGCUUCUCCGACCUGCUCGACCUCAACAAGAUGUGCUGCAACGACGUGCACAGCAUGGCCAACGCGUACGGCAUCGAGGCGGCCGCCAGAGCCAUCGUCAAGGAGAUCACGUCCGUGUUCGAGGUGUACGGCAUCCACGUGAGUCCGCGCCACCUCAGCCUCAUCGCCGACUACAUGACGUUCAGUGGCGCCGUCUGCGGCUUCAACCGGUCGGCCAUGGACUCGGUCGUGUCGCCGCUGCAGCAGAUGAGCUUCGAGACCACCGUUCGCUUCCUGCGCACGGCCGUGCUCGCAGGUCAGGUGGACGAGCUGAAGUCGCCCUCGGCGCGGCUGGUGCUGGGUCAGCCGUUCGGCGGCGGCACCGGCAUGUUCAGCCUCGUCAACCAGAUGAUGGCGGACUACGGGUUGUAGCGGAGGUCGGCCGAUGGCGGUCGGCGCCGCAUGUGACCGCGGGGAUUGUUACGGUGCCGCGCGUGGACGCUUGGUUACGCAUUGGCGAAUACAGCACCUGUUUGUGAUAA